GAAAGAAAAAAAAAAGGGUAAUUAAUUGAAAUUCACUCGGAGCUGCCUCGCACAUUUUACAAUUUGCACCAGAGGUGUGUGCAUCCGCCAACCCCGGUCCUGGCACCGCAAUACAGACCUGUAAGAAGGGCUGCCACAUCUUAUUCCACAGAAUGGGACCUUCCAGGAUCUCCGAGAUCUCCUUACUGCUGCUGCUGAUCCAUCUGACAUCUGCAAUCCCAGCGACCACUAAGUGUGACAGAAACGAGUUCCAAUGUGACGAUGGGAAAUGUAUCCCAUACAAGUGGGUCUGCGAUGGCAGUGAAGAGUGCAGGGAUGGGUCUGACGAGUUUCCCGAGACCUGCCGGCAUAAAACAUGCAGUCCUGACCAGUUUAGCUGUGGUGAUAGGUCAAACCGAUGUAUCCCCAAGUCAUGGCAGUGUGAUGACCAAGAAGACUGUGAAAAUGGCUCCGAUGAGAAGGAUUGUGCUCGCAAGCCCUGUGCCUCUGAUGAUCAGUUCCAGUGCCGCAGUGGAAUGUGCAUCUCUCUGGAAUACCAAUGUGACGGUGACCACGACUGCGAUGACGGCAGCGAUGAAGACACUUGCCCUCCUCCCACUUGUAAUCCAGCCUUUUUUCAAUGCAAAAACUCAACCCUCUGCAUCCCCAAACUAUGGACAUGUGAUGGGGAUCCUGACUGUGAAGACGGCUCCGACGAGGAGAGCUGUGAAGGAAAGGAGCCGAUCAAGACGGACAAACCCUGCUCCUCUUUGGAGUUCCACUGUGGGAGCGGCGAGUGUGUGCAUAUGAGUUGGAAGUGUGACGGACAGUUUGACUGCAAGGACAAAUCUGAUGAAAAGGACUGUGAAAAACCAACCUGCAGCCCAGAUCAGUUCCAGUGUAACAACGGGAAAUGCAUCCAUGGCAGCCGGCAGUGUGACCGACAAUACGACUGUGAAGAUCUAAGCGAUGAAAUGGGCUGUGUAAACGCCACGAGGUGUGAGGGCCCCGACAAGUUCAAGUGUUCAAGUGGAGAAUGCAUCAGUAUGGACCAAGUGUGUAACGUUGCCAAAGACUGUAGAGACUGGUCAGAUGAACCACUUAAGGAGUGUGCCCUGAAUGAAUGCCUGGAAAAAAAUGGUGGCUGCUCCCAUAUCUGCAAUGACCUCAAGAUUGGAUACGAGUGUUUAUGCCCGGAGGGAUAUCGCCUAGUUAAUGGAAGGAAAUGUAAAGAUAUUGACGAAUGUCUGCGACCUGAUACCUGCGGCCAAAUCUGCACUAACUUGGAAGGAAGCUACAAGUGUGAAUGCUAUGAUGGCUACCAAAUUGAUCCAAAAACAGGGUCCUGCAAGAGCACUGGAACGGUGGCUUACCUCUUCUUCACCAACCGUCACGAGGUGAGGAAGAUGACGCUGGACAGGAGCGAGUACACAAGUUUCAUUCCAAGUCUUAAGAAUGUCGUGGCAUUAGAUAUGGAGAUAGCAAGCAAUAAAAUCUACUGGUCGGAUUUAUCCCAGAAGAAAAUUUACAGUGCUUUAAUGGACAAGGCCCAUAACUUUUCCCACCACGAGACUGUAAUCAGCAAUGAAAUUGUAUCUCCAGACGGUAUUGCAGUAGAUUGGGUCCAUGCCAACCUAUACUGGACAGACUCUUACAUUGGCACCAUCUCUGUGGCCAAUACUGCCGGGUCCAAGCGAAAAACACUCUUCAGCCAAGGUCUGGCUAAGCCACGAGAUAUAGUGGUGGAUCCUACAAAAGGGUUUAUGUACUGGACCGACUGGGGUGCCCCUGCCAAGAUUGAGAAGGGUGGUUUGAAUGGAGUAGACAGACAAACUCUGGUCGACAGUGAUAUUGAAUGGCCUAAUGGAAUCACACUGGACCUGACCCAUCAGAGACUGUACUGGGUGGAUUCCAAGUUGCACACUUUGUCCAGCAUUGACGUUACUGGAGACAAUAGAAGGAAGGUCAUUGUCGAUGAGCAUUCCUUAUCUCACCCAUUCGGCCUCACCAUCUUUGAGGAUCUGGUCUUCUGGACGGAUAUUGACAAUGAAGCUAUAUUCAGCGCUAACAGGCUGACCGGGGAACAAAUCACGAAAGUUGCAGAAGAUCUGUUAUCGCCAGAAGACAUCGUCUUGUAUCACAAUAGAGGACAGCCUAAAGCUGAAAACUGGUGCCAGUCUGAAAAUGGAGGAUGUGAAUACCUGUGUCUGCCGGCCCCACAAAUCACUGCAGGUUCCCCCAAGUUUACUUGUGUGUGUCCUGAUGGAGAACACCUGGGUACAGACGGCAAGAGCUGUGUAAAAGGACCAACAUCUACAGCCGCAUUUGUCAGCUUGACUCCUGUCACAACAACAGCAACUCCCAAGAGCACGACUUUAGCAAAACUGAUCACCAGCGCACCUAGGAGGCCUUCUACUGCUAAGCCCCAUCAGCCUACAACAAGGCCAUCAACCACUGUUACAACAACCACUAGUCAGCCAAGCACAACACAAAGCACCAAAAGAAACCUAGAUCUCUCUACGGCAGGGAUUACGAGCUCCACAGAAUCACAUCAAGGAGUGAAUAAUGGUGAUGUAAAGAUGGAGACUUCAGAAUCUCAUUCUCAUUCUAGUGUCCUCUACGCUGUGAUACCUGUUGUUAUACUCUGCUUGCUUUCAUUCGGAGGCUUUCUCUUGUGGAGAAAGUGGAGAUUGAAAAACACCAAUACUAUUCACUUUGAGAAUCCUGUAUACCAGAAAACAACAGAAGAAGAUGAGAUUCACAUAUGUCGGAGUCAGGAUGGAUACACCUAUCCUUCAAGGCAGAUGUUGAGCUCCGAAGACGACAUUGCUUGAAACCCUAACCAAAUGUGCCUAUCACCAAACUCUGCUGCUCAAAAAUAUCAGGGGCAAUGACUGCUAAACCCAAAAAUGUAUCCGUCCAGACAGCGAUACCGUCCGUCCAGCACAGUCUGGAGUUCUUGAGAUUAUUUUUUUACUUUUUCUGUCCACGUUUUUUUUUUUUUUUUUUUUUUUUUUUCUUCUCACUAACCACUGAACAUAGGGCCCAGAGACUGCGGUUACUAUAUUUUUAUGGGAAUUAUUUAUGAAGAUACCUGUGUUCUUGAAGUUGUGCCAUUGUCUCCUCCCUCGCGCCUCUAGACUAUCUGCAAUGCAAGAUCCGCUUCUCCUAAAUGAAGGACUAUACUGAUGAGGUCUGUGAAGGGUGGGAAGAGACUGGAGAAAUCUGAGCACUGGGGGGACUAUGAAGGACUGAAUGUGAGGAUCCUGCUGGUGUUUACUUUAUGUUUUGCUUUAAAAGCACAAAAUCGUUCUAAAAAAAAAAAAACACUAAAAGAGUCAAACAUUGAACUGGAGAGUAAUGAGGAGAGGCCUGUAAAGGAACAGUGGAUGUAUCCUCAGGGCAUCAGACAUGUUUACUGCCUUGAGGUUAACCUCGGGGUUGGGAGCACCCCCGUUUUUUUUUAUAGGUGCUGUGCCCUCCCGAGCUACAAUGUAGCAAGCCACUAAAGGCCACGAAUCACCCACAAGUGCCUAAUCGACUACCACCAUUUGCUUUCGAUCCUCUGUUUCUCUGAAAGCUCGUCCUCUUUGUCUCAAGUGUUUUGUACAUUGUUUUGUUUUUUCUCCUCUUCAGGAGCUUGUCGUCACUUUUUAUUUGAACAGAUUGGUGGCUUUUUGCCUGCCUGUAUCCGACAGGGUAUGAUGGCGGAGAACAAGGUUUUGACGUAUGGAAUCUGGGAAGUUUGGCUGUUUCUUAAGCUUUAAUUCUUCUUGCAAAGUUACAAUGAUAAAAACAGUUUUCAGUGGUGCUACCCGCAGUGGGAGAAGGCGAGGAGCCUGUUUUCUUACCACGCUGCCUUAAUUUGCAACUGCUACUUGAAAUCUCAACUUUUGGCUGCAUGAGAGCUAAGCCGGGCGUAGAUUUUUUUUUUAUAACUGUUGACCUAAAUACGGCGAGGAUGGCCACCGUGGGUGAUAAGCAGAUGCCAAACAUUUGUGGCGACACUUAUCCUGGGAUUAACAAUGGAAUCAAAUAGAGAUUGGGUCAAUUUAUCUGUCCACAUGUAACAAAAAAGCUGCAGAUUUGCCUCCAGAUUUUUGAAUGGAAAAUCCACGGCAUAAGGGCUCAUGCACACGACGGUCCUCAAAAAAAAAAAAAAACGGAUGACGUCCGUAUUGCAUCAUGUAACAAUAGCUGUCUUUGCCUGCAAAAUGGACAAGAAUAGGACAUGUUCUGUCUUUUUGCGGAAUGGACACGGAAUGCACACCGAGUCAUUUCCAUUUUUUGUGGCCCUAUUGAAAUGAAUGGUUCCGCAGGACAAAACGGACAAAAAAUUUGUUCGUGUGCAUGAGCCCUAAUGCUGUAGCAAAUCUUCAGCAUGUCAAUUUUCCCUGCAGCCACGAAUCCGCUGUGCAAAACGUGGAUUUUGCCACCGAUUUUGGACCCUCUUUUACCUGCAAUUCCCUUGGUAUUGAUGUGAGUGGCCCUUUACUAUAAACUAAGCUGCAGAAUGUUGUUUUUGUUGCCAUUGGCAGUUAUUGAAGAUCUACACCCCGCUUUACUCUCCACCACUAAAUAGCGCCUUAUCGUGAUCCUCGUCUCUCCUUUUGCCGUGUAGAAAUUAGCCAAUCCUUUAAUGCAGUAUUGAAAUCAAAACCCCUUUCCCCCUGCCUGAACCUGUGAAGAGAUUCGCUCUGCUUUUGGCUUUAUUUUUCUGUGAAGGGUGUAAAUAUCUCUGUACAGUUGUUUUUGCACAUAUUUGCUGUAUAUACAUGUACUUUGUUGUAUUGUGUAUGGGGUAAAAAAAAGUUUAAUAUAUAAUUUAUUUAUUUGUAAAUUGUCUGCAUUUUGCAUUUUUAUUCUUAAAUUUGGAUGUAAAACUGAUGCAAUCCUGGAGUAAUCAGGACCAAGUGAUGGUUUCCUAUUGUCGAUGGAUUAUAGGUCAAAUUUAAAGGGGAACUCCAUCCAAAAUUAAUAGAGGAUAUACAGUAUGUUGUGUGGAUCCCAUUAGGUUACAAUAAACAAGCAAAAAAUUCCUUUGUAUAAUUUACACAGGUAGAGAAGCCUAAACUGAAAGCAGGGAUCCGAUUGGAUGCUGCACUGCGCACACGACUAGUACAAUUAUUCUAGCAUUAGUUUUGGAUGGAGUUAGGCUACUUUCACACUGGCGUUUUGGCUUUCCGUUUGUGAGAUCCGUCAUGGGCUCUCAGAAGCGGUCCAAAACGGAUCAGUUUUGCUCUAAUGCAUUCUGAAUGGAGAAGGAUCCGCUC